UUAUAAUAGUAAUAUGAUAUAUUUAAAUUACGCUGCUGAAUUAAAACCGACGUCAGUUUGAGACAAUUUUUUUGUGAAAGACACAGUUUUUUAAUUUGUUACUUUUGAUGGUUAUUAGGUCUAUGGUUUAGUUAUAUUAUUUUUAUACACAAUAAUUUGAAUAUUAAUGUAUUUGCCACAAGUUCUCAAAUUUGAUCGCUCUUAUUUUGUAAAACCGUUCAAGAUUUACAUUUUCUAUUUACUUAACUUUCCAUAUUUUGUCAUUUUGUUCAUUUGGCCCGGACCGUUUGCAUCAGUUUAAAAUAUAUUUGUGUUUAUGUGUAGCACUAUGUUAGUUACCACUGCACAAUUUUAAUCUCGGAAAUAGAAAGGGGCGUAGCACCUGUUAAGAUUUUCUGUUGGAGUUUAAAAGCACCAUUUCUAUUUUUAUGCCCUGGCAAGUGGUUGUAGUAAACCAUCAUCAUAGCCGUUUAAAUACCGACACUGUUUAUCAACUCUGGAAGUGGUUUUUCUGUUGUCACGUGUUGUUAAAAUUGAAUUCUUUUCAAAGAGAACGUUCGUCGACAAAAAAUUGAUACUAAAUAAAAUUAUUUCAAACAAAUGUAUUUACGAUCCUGCUAUGGCUUGUGAUUCAUGAUUUUUUGUAAAACGUCAUAAAUUUCGAUCUUUAUUUGAAAUUGGGAAGUGUGUCAAUUGGAAGAUGUUAGGGGAAGGGAAAAUCGAUGCAAUACAAUUCCAUAUAUGGCGAUGUUGUUCGCUAUUGGUUCAAGUUUAGCGCAGAUACAGCGCUCUCAAGCGGCUCUUAACAAGGAGGGGCAAAUAAUUAUACCUGCAAAAACUUCGACUAGACAUUAGAAGACAUUCAAAUAUUGUGAUAUCAGUACUGCUGUGUUUAGUUUUUUGAAAUAUUUAUUUUUUUAAUAUACUAAUCAAUCAACAUGUGUGAAGAAGAAGUUGCUGCUUUAGUCGUAGACAAUGGAUCCGGUAUGUGCAAAGCUGGUUUUGCCGGGGAUGAUGCACCCAGAGCUGUAUUCCCUUCAAUUGUUGGACGUCCAAGACAUCAGGGUGUGAUGGUAGGAAUGGGCCAAAAAGAUUCCUAUGUUGGCGAUGAAGCUCAAAGCAAAAGAGGUAUCCUUACAUUAAAGUACCCCAUCGAGCAUGGAAUAGUCACAAACUGGGAUGAUAUGGAGAAAAUUUGGCAUCAUACAUUCUACAAUGAACUCAGAGUAGCCCCAGAAGAACACCCCGUUCUGUUGACGGAAGCUCCUCUCAACCCCAAGGCCAACAGGGAAAAGAUGACACAAAUAAUGUUUGAAACUUUCAACACCCCAGCCAUGUAUGUUGCCAUCCAGGCUGUACUCUCCUUGUAUGCAUCUGGUCGUACUACUGGUAUCGUAUUGGAUUCUGGUGAUGGUGUAUCCCACACUGUCCCAAUCUAUGAAGGUUAUGCACUUCCCCAUGCAAUCCUUCGUUUGGACUUGGCUGGCAGAGAUUUAACUGAUUACCUCAUGAAAAUCUUGACUGAACGUGGCUACUCUUUCACCACCACAGCAGAAAGAGAAAUUGUUAGGGAUAUUAAAGAAAAACUCUGCUAUGUAGCUUUGGACUUCGAACAAGAAAUGGCAACGGCUGCUAGUUCCAGUUCCCUUGAAAAGAGUUACGAACUUCCUGAUGGACAAGUCAUCACCAUUGGUAAUGAAAGAUUCCGUUGUCCAGAAGCCCUCUUCCAACCAUCCUUUUUGGGAAUGGAAGCCAAUGGUAUACAUGAGACUACCUACAAUUCCAUCAUGAAGUGUGAUGUUGAUAUCCGUAAAGACUUAUAUGCCAAUACUGUACUCUCUGGAGGUACCACCAUGUACCCUGGUAUUGCUGACAGAAUGCAGAAAGAAAUAACCUCCUUGGCACCCAGCACAAUGAAAAUCAAAAUUAUUGCUCCACCAGAAAGGAAAUACUCUGUUUGGAUUGGUGGUUCAAUUUUAGCUUCUCUUUCUACUUUCCAACAGAUGUGGAUUUCCAAACAGGAAUAUGAUGAAUCUGGACCAUCCAUUGUUCACAGGAAGUGCUUUUAAUUUUUAUCUAUGUUUAAGUAUAUUCUUUAUAUAUCUUGUUUUUUAUAUCCCCCAUCUUGGGGCAAGAACUGCCUAUGUUAUAUGAGUGAUCUUGUGAUUUAUUACACGUUCAGCAUAAGACUUAAUGAGCUUUAAUUUUAAGAAGUGUAAGUUGAAUACUCUGUUUCAUAUUUAUUUUACCUUUGUAAUAUAAUAAAUAAAAAAUAUAUUUGUUUUA